AUGUUGUGUAAAGAUGGAUACUGUAACAAUGUUGAAGAAAAAAAACAAGCCAUCACAAUUGGUAUUUAUAUAUUCACAUUUGCAUUUGUAAUGCCUCUUGGAAUAUCCUUUACAUUGACCAGUUUUGUUACCAUGGACAAAACACUCGCGACUGCUUUCCCAUUAAUAGCCAUCCCGCAAAGCUUUAUGGUAUUCAUCAGCAUAUCAGUCAUACUAAUAGAGAUUAAAAUCCAAAACACCAAUGUCAACUGUCUAGCAUUAUCAUAUGAGAUGUUUACCUAUGUUAUUAUUCUCCCCGUGAUAACACUUAUUUUUGCAAUAUUGCAGGUUAAACAUAGUAAUAAGAGUAUGCUGACACUACUAUGGAUCCUUCUAUCCAUAGGUGCACUUUUGGUUGUUAUCUUCUAUGUAAUGAGGCCAACAAUAAUAUGGUAUCUGGGCCAGAUAAAUGGAAAUCCGAUCGACAAACUUUUAUUUGUCUAUACCAUUCGGUGUGUCCUCUUCGCUUUAAUUUUACAGUGA